AUGGCUGGAGAACAUGGAAACAACGAUAAUUCUAGCGUUAACACCUUGCAAGCCGCCGUCGUAGAAAUUCGGCGUUUGCAGACCCAGAUCGCGGCCAUCGAGGCCGAAAGAACACAUGAGAAAGAAAAAGCGAAGAUGAUUUCAGAAGAGGAGGAAGGAGAGAACAUCAUGGAUGUACAGCCUUUGGCACAGCAUUUAUGGGAUACCCAAAUUACGGAAGCAAUCAAGGUUCCUCACCUUCCUACCUUUGAUGGGAAAACUGACCCUCGAGAGCAUUUGAUGACAAUUGGAACACAAACCGCCAUAAUCAAUGCUCCGGAACACCUGAAAUGUAAACUACUAGCCGACACCUUCAAGGAUGUAGCCUUGCGUUGGUAUAUGAACCUUCCAAGGAAUUCAAUAGAAAGCUACGCAGAUUUUCACAAAAAAUUCGUUCACCAGUUCGCCGGAUCGAAACACGUGAAAGUCACAUCAACUAGCCUAUUCUCCAUUCGCCAAAACCACGGCGAAUCGUUGCGUAGUUUUCUAGCCAGAUUCAGCGAGGCCACCAUCAAGGAGGUGAACAAGAGAGCGGAGUGUUACAUAAAGGGCGAAGAAAGCAACGCCGAGAAAAGGCAAAGAGACGCCAAGGAGAAGGAAUAUGUAGGCCGUGCUACUAGAGCCCCAGAACACCCGCGACCAAAAACGGGAAGUCAUCAAGGAAACACAUGGCAAAGGCACCAUGGUAAGCCCUACCAUCAACCGCCAAGGAGAGAGUUCAGGAAUCACCCCGCCGAGGAAGAGUUUACGCCAUUAAAUGCUUCAAAAGUGUACGUGCUAAACGAAAUUCUGGCCAGUGGUUUGGCAAAUCUCCCCCCAAAAAGAGCCAACAAUACCCCCUUGGGACUCAACGACAACGCCUGGUGCGCCUAUCAUAGGUGCAGAGGUCAUUCUACGGAAAAGUGCUUCCGCCUAAGAGAUUUGAUUGAAGAACUAAUUAAAAGCGGACACCUCCGAAGGUUCAUUGACGAUGCAGCGCAAGGCCGAGUCGUCGUGCCAAAAAUCCCCAGGCACGAGCCACGAGAUACUCAGGGGCCAAGUAAAGAGCCUCCAAAGGAGAGGAUCUCUGUUAAUACAAUAGCGGGGGGGUUCUCAGGAGGAGGUGAGUCAAGCUCAGCAAGGAAAAGAUACGUGCGUCGAGCCAUCUCAGAGAUAUAUCUCGUGAGACAACCCCAACCACUCGACGUUCCGGAUUUGGCAUUUACUGCAAGGGAUGGCCUGGAGGUAGCGCCCCAUGACGAUGACCCUUUAGUAAUACAAGUCCAAAUCCUGAACUGCGAUGUAAAGAGAGUACUAAUUGAUUCAGGGAGCUCAGCAGACAUCAUGUACUGGGAAGCUUUCAAGGCCAUGCAAUUAGCGGAAGAGCAAUUGCAGCCGUACGCCGGAGCUCUAGUUGGGUUUUCCGGAGAACAGGUAGACGUGAUGGGCUACGCCUCACUACUCACUACCUUCGGAGAGGGAAGUAACGCCAAGACCAUUAAAGUGCGAUAUUUGGUGGUCAAAACUCCGUUCACCUCCUACAACAUUAUCAUAGGAAGACCUGCUUUCAACACUUUAGGGGCGGCCAUGUCCACCCUGUACCUAGCAAUUAAAUACCCUCUCGAUAACGGAGGAGUAGGAACAGUUAGAGGCGAUCAGAUCCUCGCCAAAAAAUGUUACGAGUCCAGCUUAAAGAUACGGCAUCGAGCAUCCAAUACAAAUGGAGCAUCCGAAAGAAGACAAGCCACAGUUCCGGGUGGCAUAAACAUCAUUGAAAAUUCAGACAUGGAUCCAAGGGAAGAAUUUCAAGAUAGAAGGGUAAGCCCUAUAGAAGACCUGGAACAAGUUCAAAUCGGCGAUCACCCACACCAAACAACCAGUUUAGGAACGGCAUUGCCCAAUGAGGAUAGAAGAAGAAUCAUCAAAAUCUUGAAGGACAACGCUGACCUAUUUGCAUGGAAACCCUCAGAUAUGCCAGGGAUUGAUGAAGGGGUGAUAACACAUAGAUUAUCAAUAUCACCCAACACGAAACCAGUCUCCCAAAGAAAAAGAAAGGUUGGGGAGGAAAGGCGAGCUGCAAUAGCGGAAGAAGUGGAGAAACUAAAGGAGGCUGGAUUCAUUGAAGAAAUAAAAUACCCCUCGUGGUUGGCGAACGUCGUCAUGGUGAAAAAGGCCAACGGAAAAUGGAGGAUGUGCGUGGAUUUUACGGAUCUAAAUAAGGCAUGUCCCAAAGACCCAUAUCCUUUACCCAACAUAGACAGGUUGAUUGACGGCGCUUCAGGAUGCAAGAUGUUGAGUUUCAUGGACGCCUACUCAGGGUAUAAUCAAAUAAAGAUGAACCCCACAGAUGCCUGCCAUACAGCCUUUAUGUCAAAUACCUGCAAUUAUUUUUACAACGUUAUGCCUUUCGGGUUGAAGAACGCAGGAGCAACAUACCAAAGGUUGAUGGACAGGGUUUUCUCCAAGCAAAUAGGAAAGAACUUAGAGGUAUACAUUGACGAUAUGGUAGUGAAAACUCCCGAAGGAAAUCGCCAUGACGAAGACCUUUUGGACAUCCUGAGAUCAGUAAGAAAGUACAACAUGAGGUUAAACCCAGCGAAAUGUUCCUUCGGGGUGCAAGCAGGAAAAUUCCUAGGUUUCAUGCUCACCAGCAGAGGAAUAGAAGCCAACCCAGAAAAAUGUCGAGCCAUCAUAGACAUGAGAAGCCCUACAUCUGUGAAAGAGGUCCAAACUUUGACGGGCAGAAUAGCGGCAUUAUCCAGAUUCUUAUCAUGUGCGGGCGAAAAAGGCUUCCACUUCUUCGCAUCCCUUAGGAAAAAUGAAAGAUUCUCCUGGACGCCCGAAUGUGAAAAAGCCUUCAGGCAACUAAAAGAAUUUUUGGCAUCGCCGCCCAUCUUGACACGCCCAUUACCAGGUAAUACCCUUUACCUUUAUCUUGCAGUCUCUGAUAGAGCCCUAAGUUCAGCUCUGGUUCAGGAAGUAGAGGGCGAAGAAAAGCCUAUAUAUUUUGUAAGUAGAACCCUUAGAGGAGCAGAAACAAGAUAUCAGAGGAUAGAGAGGUUGUCUCUUGCGGUGGUUGUCACAGCUAGAAAAUUAAGACAAUACUUUCAAAGCCACAAGAUAGUUGUUAGAACAGAUUACCCUAUCAAGAACGUCCUCAGAAAGCCAGACCUAGCAGGAAGGAUGGUAGCAUGGUCCGUCGAAUUGUCAGAAUUUGAUAUCACUUUUUCACCUAGAGGGGCCAUCAAAUCGCAAAGACUGGCUGACUUUGUAUUAGAAAUGUCUACCCCGCCAACAACUGAGAAAGCUGCGACUUGGACCCUCUCAGUGGACGGAGCCUCCAACGUACGGGGAAGUGGAGCCGGAGUAGUGUUGGAAGGACCAGAUGGCGUUAUGAUAGAGCAAUCAUUACGUUUCGCCUUCAAAGCCAGCAACAACCAGGCAGAGUACGAAGCCUUGAUAGCAGGAAUGAAGUUAGCAAAAGACAUGGAAGUGAAGGAGUUGAAAGCCAUGAGUGAUUCCCAACUGCUAUCAAUUAUGUUAAAUGUCAAAGACAUCACAGGUGUAAAGGUGAAAGUUUCCGAAGCAAGAAUGAUAGGAGAAGUUAUCCAAUAG